AGCACGUAUAUACACACACACACAUGAACGAGCCAUGUACACUGCACAAUCCUGAUCGCAACGCCCAGCCCCAAAAGUCCAGUACGUUCUCCAAUCAUCGGAUCAAUGGCUCGUCGCCAGCAGAGCGGCCCCUCGUCCAUGCUAAGCCUGGCCAUCGCCGUGAUGGCCGCGAUAUGCGCGGCUUCCACGGUGACGGCGCAGCAACAGCCGCCAACGGCUCCGGCAGCCGUGCCCUUGCCCGUGCCGAGCGUGCCGAGCUGCCCGCCGGUGCAGGCCUCCCUGUCGCCGUGCGUGAGCUACUUCAUCGGCAACUCCUCGUCGCCGUCCGACGCGUGCUGCAGCCAGAUGCAGGCCAUGUUCCAGUCUCAGGCGCCAUGCCUCUGCGCCGCCGUGGCCGCGGUGCCCGCCCAACUCGGCUCCGUGAUCGGCCAGGUUCUGCCCAGCGCCUGCAACCUGCCUCCCAACGCCUGCUCCGCUGUCACAGGGACCUCGGGCUCUGCUCCAGCUGGUGGCUCGACGGCGCCGUCGGCGGGGACGCCUACUGAUGCUGCUGCGCCGGUGACCGGUCCGGCUGGUGCGACGCCUUCCGGUGGUGGGGUGAAGUCGGUUCCGGGGUUGGUUGAUUCGGCUGCCGAGUGCAAGAGGAUUUCUGCUGACGCUGUCUUGGCCAUGGCCGCCUCGUUCCUAGCUGCUUAUGUUUUCUGAUCCCAUAAUUAUGUAAUCCUGGGGCUUGUUGUGAACAUGUGAGUUUGUGAUACAUGUAGAUGGAUGUGUCAUUUGUUGUCACUGAGAUCGUUGUUAAUUUGAUCUGUUCCACAUCAGCAUUCCAAAGGGUACAAACUUCGUUCAUCAAAA